AAUUCAAAAUGGCGGCUGCAGCACGUUGUUUGCGUUCCCUGACUCGUUCAACAUCUGCAACAAAGCAUUUGUCCUCCUACGUCGUGAAAAAUGUUUCACAAAAAUCAAGUUGCAGUGUGUCAUCACCACUCCUGAAGUCAUUCCUCAGCACUGACAGUGGAUUGAUAAGAGGUUCAGGAAUGUCAUCCAGGAUUAGUUUUAACAAAAGAUUUGCACCAGUGUCCUUUGUCUGUGCUGUUCCCAAGGCUUGUCCCCUCUCGAUCGAUGGAGGGAGUGAUGGAGUUGAUGCUUUGGAUGGUAACCUUGGUGAUGAUGAUGGUGAUACUUGGUCUCAGGGUGAAGAUGAUCCUUAUUUAGGGGUCACAUGACAUAUGGGGGGGAUACUGAAUGAUGCCUUUGGAAACUGCUCCCUGCUCAUUACUUUUUAUCAGUAACUGCAAGAACUUUUUACAUCAAAUAUUAAAUAUUCUGUGAACUGAGAAACAAUAUUGUUUGUUUGUUUAUAUUUUUUUCCUGUGAACUGAGUUAACAUUUAGCAGUAAAUAUUUCUUUACAUUUCUUUCUUUUUGGAUGUAAAUUAUUGUCAUGAUUUCUUCCUGUGAAUUGAUGUUACAUUUAAGAAUAAAAUUUUCUUCACAUUUCUUUUCGAAUUUGAAUUAAUGUUUGAAUUACUAAAAAUCAGAAAACUUGAACCAAUUUGUUUGAUUUAUUAAAUCAAAUCUGUUGUGGUGAUCAUUUUUCCAAUCCAAUUUUUAAGACUUUGUUUUAUAGAAGAAUAAAUGAACUUCUCAGAAAAACUCUGUUCUUUAAAAUGUGAUCUGUAAUUUCUUACUCACAUUGCCAUUUUUCCUAUCUUUUUUUCACUGAUAACUAACAAGUUCUACAGUCAUUUUAAUGAUAUGCUGAGGUAUGGGAUCAGAUUAAGAAUAGUGUUUGAUGUCAGUUAGGACUGCAUGGGAUACAUGUAUGCAUCUGUGUAAGUGCACUUACUAUUGCUUUGACUGAAAUAAACAAGUAUUUCUUUUAUAAACUA